GCUGGCUGCUGAGAGGCUGCUCCCGUGAGCCGGAGCCCGGCUGUUACCUGGAGAGGCCGCCGCCGCCCUCGCGGCUUCUAUCGCAGCAGAAGCCCGGGGCAGCUGGAGAGGAGCCCGGGAGCAGCCCGAGCGCCUGGCAGGAUGGCUGUGGCUCCUCCCAGUUAUUGUUUUGUUGCUUUUCCACCACGCACUAAAGAUGGGCUUGUUGUGUUUGGAAAAAAUUCUGCACGGCCUCGAGAAGAAGUACAGGAGGUGGUCUACUUUGCUGCUGCUGCUCAUGAUCCAGGAAGCAAAGUUGAGUGUACAUACAUUGCAAUUGAUCAAGUGCCGAAGACUCAUGCUAUUAUGCUAAGCAGACCUGCUUGGCUUUGGGGGGCAGAAAUGGGAGCCAAUGAACAUGGAGUCUGCAUCGCUAAUGAAGCCAUCACCACCAGAGAGCCAGCUUCUGAAACUGAAGCCCUGCUGGGAAUGGAUCUUGUCAGGCUUGGCCUAGAAAGAGGCGCAACAGCUAAAGAGGCCUUAGAUGUAAUAGUUUCUUUGUUGGAAGAGCAUGGACAAGGUGGAAAUUAUUAUGAAGAUGGGAGCUCCUCCCAUGCUUUCCAAAGUGCAUUUCUGAUUGUGGACAGAGCAGAAGCCUGGGUAUUGGAGACUGUUGGGAAAUAUUGGGCAGCAGAAAAAAUCACAGAGGGAGUAAAGUGCAUUUGCAACCAGCUUUCAUUAACCACAAAAAUUGAUGUUGAGCAUCCUGAGCUUAGGAGUUAUGCAGAGACUCAAGGCUGGUGGACUGGAGAUACAGAAUUCAAUUUUUCUGAAGUGUUUUCUCUAGCUGAGGACCAUUUAGGCUGCUGUUCAGGCCAGGAGAGCCUAGAAAAACAAGAAGGAAAUAUCACUGUGCAAACAAUGAUGGAUGUCUUGCGUGACAAAGGUAGUGGUGUCUGCGUGGACUCCGAAACUUUCCUCACUACAGCUAGCAUAGUGUCUGUUUUGCCUCAGAACCCUAGUUCUCCCUGUAUUCACUACUUCACUGGCACUCCGGACCCUUCAAGGUCCAUAUUUAAACCUUUCAUCUUCGUUGAUGAUGUCAAACUAGUACCAAAAGUUCAAUCGCCUUUUCUUGGUGAUGACGAUCCUGUAAAAAAGAAACCUCGGUUCCAGGAGAGGCCUGACCGGAGACACGAACUGUACAAGGCACAUGAGCGGACCCGAUCUGUCACUGAGAAUGAUCAGGAUAAAGGUCAGAAGCUGAUGAGGAUUAUGUUAGACCUUGAAAGACAAGGCUUAGAAGCUAUGGAGGACAUCCUCACCAGUACAGAGGUUCUGGAUCCUGCUGAAGUAGUAGACCUUUUCUAUGACUGUGUCGAUACAGAAAUUAAGUUCUUCAAGUGAACCACAGUGGACACCAUUAGCCUUUUCACAAGAAGACUCUAUAGUUCUUCGAGCCUUGAAAGAUAGUCUCCAAUCCACACAGCUGAAUUUGCAGGAGGAAAACAAACAAACAAAAAGGCUUCUGUCUUUCUAGAAAAAUGUUCCUCAGUAGCUAUAUCGAGUUAACAAAAUUGCUUUCCUUUGUCCAAUCAUGUGGUGGUCCUGUUGUGUGUGUAGUGAAAGGAGAGAGUCACUGAUUGGCCCGUGUGUGCAUGCCAGCUAAUGUAGUGCAGAAUGUUUCAUUGUUUGGGCAACAAAAAAUUAAAACAAGGAAUAACUUCAUUCCAGUGUAAUUUCCAUAUAAUCUUUUAAAGCAAACAAAUGUUUUUGUUUUAUUUCCCCCUGUAUAGCUCAGGCUAGGUAGCAAAGCUCAAAUGCUUAGAAUUUCACCAGGUACAUGUAUGCUUACCACUUCACAUUGGAAGCUACAGAGGUUUUAAAAACAAAAGCAGCAGCACCUGACAGUCUGAAUUACAGAUAAGGCCUGGUUCUGAGCUUGCUUGUGUAACUCUGUUGGCUGCAAUGGAGCCACUCUGACUUAUGCCAGAACACAUGAGCAGAAUUAUGCCCUCGGGACUCAGUGCUGCCCUCACCUAUUCAUACCUUGGAAAAACAACGAUUGCACUUGUGAUGCCUGGUAGUUUUUUUUUUUUCCCUUUCCCUAAAAUUCAUAGUACUGUGUAUUGCAGGCAGAAUCAAACUGAGUGCCUAGUAUAUUAUAUAAUCAAAUGACUUCAAGGCAGCAUUGAUAGACACAUCAAUGCAGUGACAACUCAGUCAGAACACUUUUUUUGUUAGAAUAGAGGCUGGGCAUUGAAGAUCAAAUUAGGGACAGUAGUCUGGCUGUGGGACCAUAUUGCCGUAUGAAAGACAAUUCUGUGAGAUCUCCAAAUGGUAUAUGCUGUUUACAGCCGGAGGAAAUCUUCAAUUAUUUAGUACAAGAAAAAGGAAGUGAUUGUGACUGAGUUGUUGCCUACUCCUUGCAAGGCACAAAUUCACAGUGAAGCUAUGAUCUGAAUGUUACUCCUUUACAAUCUGCAGAGAGGAGGAUACAAAUGGUUUAUUUGCAGUUUUUCAUCAGCACACCAUUUUACCCUCUAGAUUCAUAUUUGGAUUUAUGUGACUUCAGUGAUUAUCUACUUUUCGUGUGCUCUUGCCCUAACUCCUUUACUUUAAGAAGAGCAUUGAUCAAGGGAACCUUCUUAACUCAUGACACAAGGGACAAUAUUAGAGCUGGGUGGGGACAAGGUGUUAAUUCCCACCCAUUGAAAUAUUGCAGCAGCAUCAACAAAAAAGUUUUUCUUUUGGAGGGAGGUUGAUGAUUGAGAAGAGAAGCCCCCACUGAGGAACUGAAGUUUCUCAGAAGGGGAGCAUCAAUUUACCACUCUUUUGACACAGACAGUGUGUUUGGGGCUGCACCCAACCCCUACAAAAUACUUAGCCCUCAGCUGCUUGGAAUCAGAGUUAAACAUCUUACAAACACAGUUUAAGGAAGUUUUUACUAAUGCUUCAUCUGCCACUUCCAGCUAUAAAUCCAUUCAGCAGACACUUAAGUCUAUAUUUAUGCUGUGGCUACACAAACCAUAUACAGCCAUAAAAUUAUCCAUUUCAGUUUACUUGCUUUCUAUUAAAGUCCUGUAGUGGCUUUAUCAGCUCUCCUCAAACAACAGUAUCAAUCC